AUGGAAGGUCAUAAGUACAAUUAUCCAAGGGAAUUUUAUGACCAAUAUGCUCAAAGCCAAGAUAAAUCUGUGGUCAAUAAAAUGCAACAGAAAUACUGGAAAACAAAACAAACCCUUAUAAAAGUUACAGGAAAAAAGGAAGAUGAACAUGUUGUGGCUUCAGAUGCAGAUCUGGAUGCAAAACUAGAGCUGUUCCAUUCUAUUCAGAGAACGUGUAUGGAGUUGCUGAAAGCAAUUGAACUGUAUCAAAAAAGGAUUUGUUUUCUGUCUCAGGAAGAAAAUGAAUUGGGGAAAUUUCUUCGAUCACAGGGUUCUCAGGAUAAAACAAGAGCAGGAAAAAUGAUGCAAGCCACAGGAAAGGCCCUCUGCUUUUCUUCUCAGCAAAGAUUAGCACUGCGUACGCCUUUGAGUAGAUUAUAUCAGGAGGUGGAGACUUUCAGAUACAGAGCCAUCUCAGACACAUGGCUGACAGUAAACCGAAUGGAACAGUAUCGGACUGAAUACAGAGGAGCUCUGCUUUGGAUGAAAGAUGUGUCUCAGGAACUGGAUCCAGAUCUUUAUAAGCAGAUGGAAAAGUUCAGGAAGGUUCAAGCUCAAGUGCGACAUGCAAAACUCAACUUUGACAAACUGAAGACUGAUGUCUGUCAAAAAGUGGAUCUUUUGGGAGCAAGCAGAUGCAACCUCCUUUCUCAUGUGUUAACAACGUAUCAGACAACACUUCUUCAUUUUUGGGAAAAAACUUCGCACACGAUGGCAGCCAUCCAUGAAAGUUUCAAAGGUUAUCAGCCAUAUGAAUUCAGUAUGUUAAAGAGCUUACAAGAUCCUGUGAAUAAACUAACAGAAAAAGCAGAAAGGGAGGACCCGCAGAUUGAGAGCACCAAAGCAGUACAAGAUCAGCAGAGUCAUCUGAUCACACUAGCUAAUAGUAAGCUUAAUACAAGAAUUCCUGAAUGCUGUAAUGUGUAUGUGAAAACUAAUAAACUUUAUGGUGAAAUUAAGAGCUUUAAGGAGACCCAUUAA